AUGGGGGCCCGCGCCAGCAGCGAGGCGGCCGCCGUGGCGCACAUCCCCGACGCGGAUGAAGAUAUUGCCGAGGAGCUGCGACGUCAGCAGCAGGUGCUUGACGAGAAGCGCCGACGUUACGCCCGCCUGUCCUCCGAGGCGGUGCGUCAGAAGCGGGACAAGAAAAAGAACGUGAUUGAGGAUGUGUACGAGGAGGACUUUGAAACCAUUGACCAUAUUCAGGCGCUGCGGUUUCCGCCCAUGGUGGUGAAGGAGCUGAAGGACGCGGUGGCAAAUGAGGCGGAGCGGCGGUGUGCGGAGGUAGAGAAGACGAUGGCGCGCUGCCUGCAGGACAAGAUGUGGACGACGUGGAAGUGCCAGAAGGAGCGGGACCGAUACACCCAGUGCGUGGAUGAGAAAAAGAGGGACAAUGAAUUGCUCAUGGCAUACCGCUGGAAGUACAAGUUGGGGACACUUCAUGGCGAAAUUAUUGGUCGCGACAACAUGAUGCGGCGCAUCUGGCAUGAGCACUUUCCCGACCGUGAACUGCCGCAUCCUUGGGUGAAGGACCGGUGA